AUGUCGCAAUCUCAGAAUGAUGCUGGUAAUAUGAAGGACCUCGGAAGAGACGGACGGCUCAGCUUCCGCAAUUUUGCGGAGCACCAAUUGAGAAAAGAAUUCAAGGCAGAUGCUAUGCAGAAAUGCGACAUGCAAAUAAGUGCCUUUGCUUCAUGUGCAAAAGAUGAAGGCGUCAUGGUGGUAUUUCGAUGCAAUGAAUUCAAACGAGCAGUGAAUGAGUGCAUGGCAGUUUACAACUCCCCAGAAAGAUUCGAAGUUUACAAGAGAGAGCACAUGGGAGACCUUGAAAACAAAGUACCUGGACAGAUCAAGCAUUAG